GUUUGGUCUGUUCGAGGGACGGAAAAGGAGAAAGAAGAUUUUUGUUACGAUGUUGAAAUAUGUUGGUGUUUGGACGGUGACGUUGUGUGUAUUACGACUUAAUGGAACUUUUUCAAAUCUUGCUUUUCAAAAACCUGCCACAAUGAGUACAGUGAUUGAUGCUAACUCCUUGCCAUCACGUGCAGUCGACGGAAACAAUGGGACCAAAAUUUUUUUUCGGACUGCGCAGGAACGAAACAUGGCUACAUGGAUGCGUGGUGGAUGGUGGAUCUGCAUGGGUACUUCGACAUACACGACGUCAUCAUCACGAACUGUGACCACUACAAACGGUGGAAGUAUCUACACAGCUUCACCAUUGACGUGUUCACGGAGAAUCCAAUAGGCUGUGCACGCGCCACCCCAGUCCAGUGCUACAACCGCACCGACACACUGGGGCCUGGUGAGACUGUACAGUUUAAAUGUCGCUCGCCCGUGAUUGGUCGGUUCGUUCGUGUUAAGAAGUGGAAUGUUGUGAACCAGCAUGAUUUACUGAUACUUUGUGAAGUUCAGGUUCUUGGCACAAGGGCGACAGGUUGUGCUUUCUCUCGACUUUUUCAACGUGUACGAGAUACGCGACUGAACUCGACAAAUGACGUCAUUUCCGGCGUUGACGUCAUGAAUUGCGCUAGCAGAUGUGGCCACCGCGAUUGUUUGGCGUUCAACUACAACCAGAACAGCCAACAGUGUCAGCUCAUUUCAGCUCCGACGUUUGACGAUUCAACAACGAUGACGUCAUCGUGGGAUUACUACGGAGUGGACCUUUGUUGAUCUUAUUAAUAUCUGAACUUAAGAACUGGAAGAAACACAGGAUCAGCCUGUAUUAGGCAGUUCUGGCAUUUUAUAAAGAGGGAUCCUAAAGUUAUAAAAAGAGGAAAUUUGUAUCUGCAAAUUAGUCAAGUCCAGAAUGGGGAACGUUUUCAAAUGUUGCUUUUCAAAAACCUGCCACCAUGAGUACAGUGUUUGACGCCAACUCCUUGCCAGCUGGUGCAGUGGACGGAAACAACGGGACCAAAUGGAGUUCGGACUUAUGCGCAACAACGAAACAUGGCGACAUGGAUCCGUGGUGGAUGGUGGAUCUGCAUGGGUACUUCCACAUACAUGACGUCAUCAUCACGAACUGUGACAGAUGGUGGCAGCAUCUACACAGCUUCACCAUUGACGUGUUCACGGAGAAUCCAAUAGGCUGUGCACGCGCCACCCCAGUUCAGUGUUACAACCGCACCGACCCAGUGGGGCGUGGUGAGACUGUACAGUUUAAAUGUCGCUCGCCCGUGACUGGUCGGUUCGUCCAUAUAAAGAAAUGGAGAAUGACGAACACGUAUGACACACCGAUACUUUGUGAAGUUCAGGUUCUUGGCACAAAGGCGACAGGUCGUGGCUUCUCUCGACAUUUUCACCGUGUACGAGACACGCGACUGAACUCGAAAAAUGACUUCAUUUCCGGCGUUGUUGACGUCAUGAAUUGCGCGAGCAGAUGUGGCCACCGCGAUUGUUUGGCGUUCAACUACAACCAGAACAGUCAACAGUGUCAGCUCAUUUCAGCUCCGACGUUUAACGAUUCAACAACGAUGACGUCAUCGUGGGAUUACUACGGAGUGGAUCUUUGUUGAUCUGUUGAACUGAUAUAUAUAUAUAUAUAUAUACUCACGGAAAAAAAGUUCCUGUGCAUCAUUAAAAUUUCAGUAGGACUUGUAUUUUUAAAAUUUAAAAGUACGGUGAUCCUCUCCUGCCUUCUGAACCUGAAGUACUGUCUACACAAUAUUUGGUGCGCCGUACUGAUGUACUGUCAUGGUCGUACUUUGUUAUCACCUAAUUGGCCUUAACUUAGAGAUGCAUUAGGAUGUUAAACGUACCAUUUUCAAAUGGUUCCAUAUGUGCACCCGCUUAAUACUGACGAUUUACUGACUCCCUAAACAUGGAAGAUCCCUAGUACCCCUAAACUGUCGAGAACAUCUCCGCAGAUAUUGCAUAGUUUUCUGAUGAACACCAAUGAAUACCAAAAUUACUAGCAACAGCGUUUGUGCCGUUCUAACCUCCAUCAUACCCAUCGUUCGAAGGAGUCCAUUUUCUGGGAGGCGUGGCAUCACACUGACGACGAUCAGAUACCAAUAAAAAUAUGUUUCUGAGUGAUGAGAAUCCAUACAAUAGUUUUAAUGUCCAGUGAUAAGAAAAAUGACGUCAAACAGGAGCACGUGACCAAGAAUACUAGUAAUGCAAGUAUGAAUAGUUCGUGCAACUGACAGGACACUGCUGGAAUAUCGACGGGAGUGAUUACACGUUCAGUUACUGAAAUUUUUAUAACAAUAUUUCAAGUAAAUUAUAUUCUAUAUGCAAUAAUUUGGUGCACAGGAACUGUUUUCCGCUUCCGCGAGUUUAUAUAUAAUAUAUAUAUAUAUAUAUAUAUAUAUAUAUAUAUAUAUAUAAAUAAAUAAAAAUGAUAAAUUAGACUGUUUUGAGUUUACCGCCAUUGUAGGAUGUUUUCAUCUAACAGAGUGCUUUUAAAGAUUAACAUUACAUAUUAAAUACAUUUUAUUAUCCACAUGGUUCAACAUAACCGGGUUAGGUCUCACUAUACAGUUGACUUCCGGUUGAGAGUUCAGUUAUCACGGUCCACUAUAGUU